CCAGUGCCGCCAAGUCAAGGCAGCGAUAGAGAAGAAGAUUAGAAACAAAGUCUUUCUGACGUCACUGUCUGCUUUCAUUCAUCUUUUUGUAUUUGUAUCAUGUUGAUUCUUGUGUCCGGUGACGUCAUUCAUUCACGAGACCACUUGCAGGACAACAAAGACCACAUUGUUACUUUUUAAACAUUCCAACAUGGCAGCACAACAUCCUUGUGGGCGUGGCUCACUUUGUAGUCUUCUUGUUGGAUGACACGUCUUCUUGUUGGACGCAGUCUUUUCCUUCUUGUUAUUUGAGACGUCUUAAUUGUUGUUGGACGCAGUGAGAAGAGCGCCAUGAUGAGCGCGAAACUUUGUGGAACAAACUAUCCGGCCAGCAUCUGCUUCAUCGUGGUCAACGAGUUCUGUGAGCGCUUCUCCUUCUACGGCAUGAAAGCCGUGUUGACGCUCUACUUCCUGUCUUACCUGCACUGGGACCAGGACCUUUCCACCGCCGUCUACCACGCCUUCAGCAGCCUCUGCUACUUCACACCUGUCCUGGGGGCGCUCAUCGCAGACUCCUGGCUGGGCAAGUACAGGACCAUCAUCUACCUGUCCCUGGUCUACGUCCUGGGUCACGUGGUCAAGUCUCUGGGUGCUGUCCCCCUGCUGGGCACCACCACUGUCCACAUAGGGUUGUCCAUGGCAGGCCUGGUCCUCAUCGCCUUUGGGACGGGUGGCAUCAAACCCUGUGUGGCCGCCUUCGGGGGAGACCAGUUCCCUGAGGAGCAGGCCAGCGAGAGGAUGAAGUUCUUCUCCAUCUUCUACAUGUCCAUCAACGCUGGCAGCCUGCUGUCCACCAUCAUCACCCCCUUGCUCCGAGGAGACGUGAAGUGUUUUGGACAAGACUGCUACGCUCUGGCCUUUGGCCUCCCCGCCGCCCUCAUGAUGGCCGCCUUAGUGGUGUUGAUGUCAGGCAGCAGACUGUACAAGAAGAAUCCUCCUGAGGGUAACAUCCUGCUGGAAGUCUGCAAGUGUGUGGGCUAUGCCAUCCAGAACCGCUGGAGGAGGUCCAAGUACGAGUCCAGCAGGAGGCACUGGCUGGACUGGGCCGAGGACAAGUACUCGAAGCGUCUGAUCACGGAGAUCAAGAUGGUCCUGAAGGUUUUGGUGCUCUUCAUCCCUCUGCCAAUGUUUUGGGCUCUCUUCGACCAGCAGGGAUCCCGCUGGACUCUGCAGUCCACCAGGAUGAACUUGGGCUUUGGGGUCUACGCCAUCAAACCUGAUCAAAUGCAGAUGCUGAACCCUCUGCUCAUUCUGAUCUUGGUGCCCAUCUUUGACCUGCUGGUCUACCCGCUGGUUGGCCUCUGCAGGAUCAACAUCACCCCGCUGAGAAAAAUGGCCACCGGGAUGGUUUUUGCGGCGCUAGCUUUUGGUGCUGCUGCCCUGGUGGAGGUCAACGUUAUGAAAACGGCGGUGCGUCCGGCAUCAGCGGGCACGUGUCUGCUGCAGGUCUUCAACUUGGCACCAGGGGGCGUGGCUCUCCACUUCCCUGCAGGAGACCCCUUCCCCAAGCCCCUCCCCUACCUGCAGGACCCUGCGCACUACCUGACUCUGCCACUAGGGGCGCCCAGCAGCACGCUCCGCAUCCUUGUCCGCCGCGACGGCUCGUCCUCCGAGUGCGACGUGACGUUUGCCCAGCAGGAGGCGUACAGUCUCAUCCUGCGGCCCUCGGCCAACGGGACAGCGUGCUCGCUGGUGCACGACCACAUCCAGAAGGACGACGAAGGUGCGCCUCUUCUCAGGUUCAUCAACACGCUGCAGGAGGCGGUCCAGGUGACGGUAGCAGACCAGGUGUUCCAGGUGUGGUCACAUGACAAGGUGUCAGCCAAUAAGACGGUCCAGCGAGGAGAGUACACCAAGGUGAGAUGUUGCCUGAUCAGCUCCAAGGCCUGCUCUGACCUGGACCUGGGUCUUCUGGACUUUGGAGGGUCCUACACCGUCAUCCUGGUGGAGGACUUGGGCAGGGUGGUGGCCCACAAGAUGGUGGACGUGCAGCCCAACCACGUGCACAUCACCUGGCAGGUGCCUCAGUACCUUCUCAUCACCAUGGGCGAGGUCAUGUUCUCCAUCACUGGCCUGGAGUUCUCCUACUCGCAGGCCCCCGCCAACAUGAAGUCGGUGCUGCAGGCCGGCUGGCUGCUCACCGUCGCCUUCGGGAACAUCAUCGUCUUGAUCGUGGCGGAGGGGGCGGGGCUAGAGCAGUGGAAAGAGUUCCUGCUGUUUGCCGGGCUGCUGCUGGGCGUUUGCGUCAUCUUCUCCAUCAUGUCCUACUUCUACACCUACGUGCGGCCUCGGCAGGUGGACACCCUCCACCUGCAGGACCAGGACCAGGACCAGGACCAGGACCAGGACCAGAGCGACGACAUUCUGCACAAGAAGGGAAGUGACAAGGAGGUGGACAAGAACACUAGACUGUAGCCUG